AUGGGCACCACUCAUCUGGCCAUCGAUCAUAGCCCAACAUGGAUGGACCCCAUCCUCCAAUUUUUGCAGAACCAGACGCUACCCGUUGACCCUGCUAAAGCGCGGCGUGUUUGCUAUCGGUCCGCCCGAUACCUGAUCAUUAAUGGCGCCCUGUACAAACGCGGAUUCAGUUUACCUUACCUUCGGUGUCUGGCGCCAGGGGAAGGUCACUAUGUCCUCUGGGAAAUCCACGGAGGCAUCUGUGGUAAUCAUUCAGGCACUCGCUCCCUAGCACAUAAGGUCAUUAGGCAAGGAUACUUCUGGCCCUCACUUCACACUGAUGCCCAAGCCUUCACCCAGAAGUGCGACAAGUGUCAGCGGUUUGCCAAUAUCCAUCAACUUCCAGCUGAACCUUUAACAGCCAUGGUCAGUCCUUGGCCAUUCGCCCAGUGGGGACUUGACCUCAUUGGACCUAUGCCCGAGGGCAAGGGCUAG